UGUAUCCGCACUUUAACCAAUAAAGCCCUGAAAGACACUAAAACACUGUCAACGAAAUUAACUAAAAAAAAUUCACAGCCCUAAUGUUUAGUUGCAUGAUCUCUGAAACACCUCAAUGACCUACAUGACGUAGAACCCUGUUCAGCAGAUAUUCUGAACACACAGUCAUGGUGUUACAAAAGUCCUUCAAAAUGACCAUCGCCACGUCAACACUACACUCUCAUCUGGUGCCGUCAACUCCACGCCUCGGGAAGUUCUCUGACCGUGUUCUUGGCUCCAUUAACUCUUCUUAUUUCACCAGUACAACUGAAUCCACCAGAUUGACUGACAGCUCCGUCCUGUCUCAGCUGAUGACGUUUAUCUUAGGUCUGUCAAGUGGACGUCAGAUAUAUGUUAUUUCCGACGAUUCGUGGCCAGAUAUGACGGUCGUGAUGAAGUCAUGCUAUCAGGAAUGGGCCGACACGACCCUCUUGAAGUACGACCCAAAGCUGACGGAGCUGGAGUCGUCCCUCAAGUCACCUAAUCACGUAGUUAGCGCGAGGAACGUGAUCGUCCUCUGCUCCACCCAACACACACUGUAUCUCUUUCAACAGGUACGGGAGAAGGUGUUGGAGUCGACGACCGUUCAGUGGUUCGUGGUGGUGAUGGAAGACCUCACCUUCAUCCUCCAACACUCACUCAGAGGGAGCCCAGGUGUCGAUCUUCAUAAGGGACACAGUGACCAAAUACAAGCUUCUAGUCGCCAGGGUCAACACUCAAGGUCAUGUCAGGCUUGAGGCAGCGGGGUGGUGGAAGAUAGGGGCAGAUGGCACACCCACCACCUCCCUCGCUGCAGCUGGUACCCGACCUACUCCAGCUGUACUCAAUUUCAUGGGCGUCAGCUGGUGGUCUCCGUGAACAAUAACUGGCCCUUCCUCGGUAUAAUUCACCAGGAGGAUGGCAGCGUCGUCCCUGACUCAGGAAUCGACAUAAAUAUCUUGGACACUCUGGGCAGCAAGUUGAAUUUCACGUAUGAGCUGGUGGUACCGGAGGACCGGGCGUGGGGCGGCCCUCAGAAGGACGGUACAGUGACUGGACUCAUCGGUAUGGUGGCCAGGCAAAGGGCCAACCUGGCCAUCUGUGAGAUCACCAUCACAGACUUGAGGGAGACGGUGGUGGACUUCACGGCGCCCUACUGGCUCGAGUCCCUUACCUUAAUCCGCGCACCCAAGGAGAGGGACAGCUCCAUGGCCAUCUUCUGGCCCUUCACCACCAUGGUGUGGGUGUACAUCGCUGUAGCCACGCUGGUGAUGGGACCGGUGAUGAGUGUGUUGUACUGGUUCAGAGGGUGGCUGGUGGAGCGGACAGAGGCGACACAAACUACAUCAGCUUUCAUUCAACAUGUUCAGAAGUCUGGUGCUGCAGGGUAAUCCACUCCCUGUAAACAACUGGCCCACCCGCCUUGUUUUCAUCACCUGGUACUUAUUCUGCUACAACAUCUAUGCCUUCUACGCGGGGAUUCUGACAGCCGUUCUAACUGUCCCAGUGUUUGAGAAGCCUGUGGAUAGCCUGGCGGACUUACCACUAGCUGCUGGGGAGGGCUUCGCUAUUGGUACCCUCAAGGAUUCCAGCACCGAGACGCUCUUUAGGCAAGCAGAGUCGGGCAUCUACUAUCAGGUGUGGCAGCUCUUCCAUCCCGUCGACAGCCUCCUGCCCGACCCAGAGUUGGGCUUCGAUAAGGUGCUGGGGGAGAAGUUCGUCCUGAUCAACUCACAGCUAAACGCGGAGAUCAGGGCGACAGUGAAGAGCCGCGACAAAUACCACUUUAGCCGGGAGACCUUCUACCCUCACGGCUACUCCAUCGCUUGUACUACCGGCGCCCCCUUCAGGCCCAAUUUCGAGAGGAUGUUGUCGGGGAUCAUUGAGGCUGGGCUGAUCAACCACUGGGCGGAGGGGGAGAUCCAGAAGCUGUCUGGUAAGGUCGACACUGACGGCGACGAGACAGAGGAUGGCGGGCCAAGCUCCCUCACCGUGCAGCAUCUACAGGCGGCGUUCUUUCUGCUGGCGUUGGGUGGUGCAACCUCCUCUGCAGCAUUCCUGGUAGAGGUCCUCCUCGCCUUACGCCAGUCUGCCGAGCUUCCAGACUUCUUUCCUGCUGCUCAGUGAUAACCCAAUCUCAGCUGCUUCCUGUUGAUGUUACUCAAUAUUUGAUUCAUUCAACUGAUACAUCCCCUUCGCUAGUUUGCCGAAUCUCUGCUGCUGAAGACACUCACUGACUAGUUUACUGACUCAUCUUUUUCCGACCUGCUACUAUGCUCCCCCACAGCUCAUAAAUACACAGGUUCAGGAACUCAUUAUUUACAUAUUGAUUGUUUCACCAUAACUUAUUUUACAGCUACACGUGCUAAUACGUACAAUUAAUAAUUAUAUAGCUUAUUUGUGUGCAUAUUAAGGAGUUUUCUGGUUAAUGAUAAGAAUUACAACACAGGAUCACU